AAAAACCAUGUCAAAAGCCUUUGUCGACGGACUUCUCCAAUCUUCCAAAGUUGUCGUAUUCAGCAAAUCGUACUGCCCGUACUGCCAUAAGGCUCGUGCUGCUCUUGAAUCGGUCAACGUGAAGCCCGACGCUCUGCAAUGGAUCGAAAUCGACGAGCGCAAGGAUUGCAAUGAGAUUCAGGAUUAUCUUGGCUCUCUAACCGGAGCCCGCUCGGUGCCACGUGUCUUCAUCAACGGCAAGUUCUUCGGCGGCGGUGACGACACAGCGGCCGGAGCCAAGAACGGAAAACUCGCCGCACUGCUCAAGGAAACCGGAGCUCUAUAGAAUUUGAAUCGCCAUUAAUUUUUAUGUAUUUGAUUUAUUUUUUUCUUCAUAAUUCAAUGACACAACCCGAGAUAAAAGUGAGAAAAGAG